AUGGCCGACCCAAUGCGCCGAAAGAAGUCACUGGGUUUCCUGAAUCUAUUCCGAUCAAAACAAUCAAGAAGCCCCAACCCGUCUCAUUCUACAAGGGCCUCUUCCGUCACGGAAUGCAACAGUAUUGAGAAAGAAAAAGCCAACUUGAAACUCGAGCAAGCAGACACUCGAAGUCCAAGACCGGCCAACAAACUACGGAAAAAGUCGACGCCCAAUCUUCGCUCAACCAAAUCAAACACCAAUCUACGACAACAUGGCGCCAAUCGCACACACCAACAUCACCCGCCCAUGCCGGCAAUCAGUCUGGCAGAUGAAUGGGAACGGGACGCCCAAACCGGCGAACGAAAGGACCAUACCGAGAUGUUACACAGUCUGGCGUAUCGCGACUCUGCCGAAUCGCUGGCCGAGAAAACGCAGCUUCUCUUCGCCGGAAUCCCAGCUCAACCUGCUUCCGAGUUCGUGUCCCGGCUUGCCAGGAGGGUCUGGAAGCGUGUCGUGGACUAUUUGGACCCAGUGGACGCAGCAAGUCUGGCCUUUUCAUGCAAACCUUUUCUGGGUAUCGUCGGCACCAAUGCAUGGCACGUCCUCAAUACAGCUAGCGACGAAGCGCACUACCGGAAAAUCGAGUUCCUGAACAGACUCGACCAGGACCUCCCGGACCAUCUGCUCUGUUUCCCCUGUGCGAUCUACCAUCUUCGAAUCCACAAGGGUCAAGAGAUCCUGCGACCCACAAACAUCGCCAAUCCCCUAUUCAACUGUCCCAAUGCCUUUAACCCGGACAAGAAAGUCUCGCGGAUGCGGUUGACGGUGGGUAAAACCUUACCCUUCCCUUUCGUCCAACUCAUCCUCCGAGCCGACAAGUACUCUCUGGAUUACGGGAUCCCCAUCGACUCAAUGAGUCGUCGGUACAAGGACCGAGAUAGCGAAUGGACCCAUCAGACGCGCUAUGCAGUGGUCAACGGGCAUCUACUGAUGCGCGUCAUCAGCUCGGCAUUUGCAGAACCUGCAUUGCCACCCGCAGGACUCCGCAAGCUGCUUUACUCCCCUAAUGAGAAUUUCACGCCCUACUUCUCCGUCUGUGCGCAUUGGAAAGAUGGCGAAUUGAUGCCUUCGGUUAAAUGUGCAUUGAGUCAUCUGCCUGAACCGGUGGUGGGGAGCGGGAUUGCUGGUGCGGCUGCACGAGUGAGGCAGAGAAUGGAGAGACCUAGUCCCGUCGUGACGCUGUGUCCUCAAUGCAAACCUAUGCGUCGGUGUCCAGAAUGUCCCUCCGAGUAUUUAAUCGAAGUGCGGAUGCAGGAAGACAGGACGGAUCCGACGAAACUGUUCAAGCAUGCCAUUGUCGUCACCAGAUGGAGUGACUUGGGAGACGGCUCGUCGCCCUAUACUCCCGAAUGGGCAUCCUGCAAUGGAGAAGCGGCAUUCGAUUCGUUCAAAGCACUGGGCAAACGGGCGAUCUCGGGUGUCUUUGAAUCCCAGUUCACGGUCGACCAGAUUCCAGGGCAGAAAAUAGUUUCCAUGAACCCAAACAGGGAACAUCUCGGAGAGGCGGGGCAUAAUUGGUAUUGA